AUGAACUUACGCACGAGCAUGGCACAGCAUCUCUUCGCAUUAUCAUGGGCGCACGUGAUCGACAGCAGCUCCAUGCAAACAUCUCGCAUGUUGCUACAAUUAGGCGCUGAUUUCAAUAUCCCGUGUUUCUCGGGAAGCACCCCGCUUGAAUGGUUCGUGCUCAAUCUUGGCACCGUACGAUCAGAACAUAGGCACGUUCUCCUACCAUUCGACGAUGCAAUUUUGAAUGAGCUCCUGGAUGCUGGUGCGAAUGCUGAUGGGUUAUUGGGAACUGCGGCGAUGAACCGAUAUGACACAGUUGUGCAAGAAAUGCUGCGGCACGGUGCUGAUCCGAAUUUCACAACACUGUGGUUCGAAUCACGCGAGACUGCACUCGAGACCAUGUUGCGCAACACAGGUGCGUUCUUCGUUGGGCAUCAUUGGGACCCUAAGCUGACCUAA